AUGGGAUGCUACAACUGGCUGCAGCUAUACAUUCUAACGAGCAUUCGACUCGUACUGCUGGGGUUCGCAGUGCAACCACCAGGAGAUCUAACCAUCGCGUUCAAUUCCCAAGCUACGUACCCUAAAAGUACAUUUGAGAAAAAACUUCAACAUUCGUCCAACGUCACUAUCAACGACGAUGGUAGCCUUUUUACAAGGAAGUUCAAAUUCUUCUACAUCUUCCCGAGCCUGAAUGUACAACCGUCCGGUCAGCACAACAUCUCUCACCCGCCAGCUCUCAAUUUCGAUCUAGUCCAGAAACGCCACACCUCCACCCAACGAAACUCGUCUGGCAACGUCUGGUUACUAGCUCCUUCGUUUGUGGCUCUUGGCAGCUCCACGAGAGAGCUGUCGGAUCCCAACCAGAGGCGCUUAUCUGUGGAGCAGCACAAACUGCGACACUUCGCUAGUAUUGCAGGCGUUCCAACAGGUGCUAUCGGCGAGCAUCGCGUAAAGACAAAGACUGCCACACAACAGCCGCAGGCAGAGAGUUUCACCUCGGUAAAUUCAGAACAGCACCGAUUAGACCAUGGUUACAGGGUCGUGGCGCCGGAAAGUAAGCCAAAUCGGUACUAUAUCUACGCUGAUCCUGCACGUCCGAGACCACUGAGUGGGUCACGCCACGCGAGCCGACUUGAGGGUACACUGGAUAGUACAUCCACUGUGCUAGAGUCCUUGGAAUAUCACAGGCAGCCACGAUCGUUCAACAACACAAACACCUUCCCGGAACAGCAACCGCAGCAGCAGAAAACUGAUCGCUUCAAGCGUCGCAGUGCCGUCGACGACAUGCUCAGUAAGAAUAUCACUAUCAUUCUGGAAAACCUACUCAAGCGGUACGAAAACUCGCAAAUGCCAACGCACGGGCAAGGAAUUCCCACUUUGGUUCAAACAAACAUACUCAUUCGCAGCAUGGGACCGGUGUCGGAGCUAGAUAUGGACUACUCGAUGGAUUGCUACUUCCGGCAGUAUUGGAGGGACAAGCGACUCAGCUUCCAUGGUCCCAUCAAGAGCCUAUCGCUUAGUAUUAAGAUGCUGGAGCGCAUCUGGCGCCCGGACACGUACUUCUACAACGGCAAGCACUCACACGUUCACACGAUCACGGUCCCCAAUAAGCUUCUCCGAUUGAGCCAGGACGGCGAAAUUCUCUAUUCGAUGAGGCUGACGAUCAAGGCGUCGUGUUUGAUGGAACUACGCAGCUUCCCGAUGGAUCGACAGUCCUGUCCGUUGGUCUUAGGUAGCUACGCGUACUCCCGCCAACAGCUGUUGUACCAAUGGAAGGAUGAGGACUCAGUGGAUUUUGUGCCGGGCAUGACGCUCAGUCAGUUCGAUUUGAUCAGCUUUGGGCAGAAGAACUACACAUUCAUUAGGCGCGAGGGCGAGUUCUCGGUGUUGCACGUCUCGUUCAACCUGCAGCGUCACACAGGGUACUUCCUCAUCCAGGUGUACGUGCCGUGUAUCCUGAUCGUGGUGUUGUCUUGGGUGUCGUUCUGGAUACACCGCGAGGCGACGAGUGAUCGUGUUGGACUUGGCAUCACCACCGUGCUGACGCUCUCAACCAUCAGCCUCGAUUCACGCACAGACCUUCCAAAGGUGCGGUAUGCCACCGCUCUCGACUGGUUCUUGCUUAUGAGCUUCUUCUACUGCAUUGCCACUCUGCUGGAGUUUGCCGGGGUGCACUAUUUCACCAAGGUAGGUAGUGGCGAGAUUCCACUAGACGAGGAGGAAUGGGAGGAUAUGGAAGGUGCUGAAGAGAUUCGGGAUCUUCCAUCGCUACCGCAGCACCUUAGUGUGCCUUCUGCGGCUGAGUCUCCUCGAAUGAUAGCCGCUCGCCGACGUAGCUCCCUGAUUUGUCCGAUCUAUAAUGACCCGACGCACAUGUUCAAACCAACAUCGUCUCAUCUGUCGACGAUGGAACGCACCACACAGACCGAGCCACCGAAAGAACCUGUGUGGAAGCAGGUGUGGUUGUGCUUCUUGGGUGAUGACCAAUUUCGACGUCGCCGGCAACGUGAAGCUUCUGCUCGAGGCGGUGGCAAUCGGCAUGUGAACAGCGUCUCGCUCAUCGAUCAGGCAGCCCGCAUUCUCUUCCCAACCUCUUUCAUGUUUUUCAACAUUCUUUACUGGCUGGUGUACUACACCUACCAGGCCGACUUCACCUGGAGCCCGCUGAAAGAAGUAUAA